AUUCUUAGUUCUUCAAUCUGUUACGUAACUGAAUUUCGAAUAUCACAUUUCCGUCGCAAAACCGUUGCAACAAACUUCUAAAUUAAACUCAACUCUCUCUCUUUUCAAUACUUUCUCUCUCUAAAACCGUUACACUCACUCUCUCUCUCUCUACAACUUCAACAAUGGCUAUGGCGUUUCCUUCUUCAAGAAACGAAACGUCGUCGUAUACACAUUCUUUUUCAUCUCCGUUCGCUUCCUCAUCGGUAACGAACUUCGCUCCUCGAGCGUCACCUGUAAUGAUGCAAUCCUCGACCUCAUCAUCAUCCUCCGUUAAAGUUAAACUGCACGGUCACCGUACUACGCCGUUGUCACCUCCGUCUUCAACCGUGAGAUUCACCGUGGAACAACGGCCGGAGUCUUCCGAACACCGAUCGAUGACUGCGGCUAAGGAUACAAGAAACAACAACGCCGUGUCUUCAUCUUGCGAGAAAACCAGAAGGUGCAUGUGUUCUCCGACGAAUCACGCGGGUUCGUUCCGGUGCGCGUAUCACAAACGGAUGGCGGAGCAAGAGCAACAACGGCAACAGAAACAAGAACUGAAGGUGCAGCAACAACAGCAAGUAAAACAGGAACAGCAGCAGCAACAACAACGGCGACAGCAACAGCAAACGGCGUGGUCAAGAAGUAGAACACUGAACCUUCGUAGAUCGGCGAUGAAGAAUUCCCUGGUGCGAAUCGGAAUUGAAGGUGAAAUAGUGAAAAGGAAUUUAACGAAUCCGAUUAAACCUUCGGCGCAACAGCUUCGCCGCCGGGAAGCUUUUCAGCCGAAGCCGAGCCGGCUCUCUAAUAUGUCCAAAGCUUAAGACUCAUUCUCUUUUUUUUUAGUUUCCUCGUUCUUUAUUUUUCUUGUUUUUUUUGUAAGAAUGAACGUGAGAAACACGCGCUUGCUAGCUAUCAACUAUGGAGUAAGAUUUUAUAAUUCCUUGUAUUUUGAUAGCGGAAAAUACAGUAACUAACUAGUUGUAUAUUUUUGUGAAGAGUUAUUGUAUACAGUAUCUUUUUUCUUUCUUAAAUGUAAAAUCCAAAUCAAAUCUUGUUCUACAUACCAUGGACUGUGAGUGAAACUGUGUGAGAACAAGUUUGAAAGAAGGAAGUGUUAUGUAAACUUGGAUUUGAUGAUUGUGAAAUUAAAAAUCUAGAAUUAUUACAUUCAUUAUAUUGAAAAGGG